GUCCCGAACUCGAACAACCAACAUACGUGCCCAAUAACACAUUGCACGGACGAUAAUUACAUCCACUUUAAUUUAAUUUAAGAUUAGAGUCAUCCAAGACCCUGCCAUCCGAAUGCUUAAUCUCUCUUUCCCGAAAGUUAAUUAUUCACAUAAUUCGUUGAAUGAGUCGGGAAUGAAUGGAUGUGGCUAGGCUACAUCUAGGAGAUAGACGAGAGGUGUAAUGUGUCCUUUAAGCAGUGUCGCCUCAUGGCUGACAUGCGUUAUACCUCUAUGCCCCGCGAUUUAUCCAACGACUCCGUUGCCGCUCUGCGAAUUUCCGAGUGCGGGCCUUUGGAUUGUCAGGAUAAAUCAUUUACCGGGGAUACUAGUUCUCCUAGUGGUCCUCUCUUGCCUUGUGACGAGGACCAACGAGACAAACUACACAAGGAUCGUAAGGAGCAUCGAGAAAAGCCCAAGCCGUACAGAAAAUAUUCAGAGCUGACUCCACCUACAGUACAAAGCUGCUACGAUAAUUAUGGAAGUUCAGUGGCAUGUAAAUCUAAUUCUCUACCUGGACGAUGCAACAGCAACUCACCUGUGGCCAACGUUACAGUUGCGACGAAUGUACAACCGGAGGAUUUGGCUACUCAGCUAACGCUUUUAGACUUGAGUGCGUUCAGAUCGAUUCGACCAGAGGAGUUAUCGAGUUGUUCGUGGAACAAGAAGAACAAACUAAUCAUAGCACCGAAUGUAGUUGGCUUCACCCGAAGAUUCAAUCAUGUCAGUUUUUGGACUGUCCAAGAGAUUUUGAACGCACCCACGCCUAAGCAACGUUCUGAAAUUUUAGUACAUUUUAUACGUGUCGCUAAAAAGUUGUACGACCUAAACAAUCUUCACUCGUUAUUCGCUGUCAUUUCCGGAUUGCAAAGUGCUUCCAUUUACAGAUUAAGUAAAACUUGGGCCUGCCUAUCAAAAAGAGACAAAACGACAUUUGACAAAUUGGCCGAAGUUUUCAGCGAUAAAAAUAAUUGGACGAAUCUCAGAGAGCACAUAGAUUCUCUUAAACUACCAUGCAUUCCUUACCUCGGCUUAUUCCUGACCGACCUCGUUUACAUAGAUAUGGCUCAUCCCGCAUCAAAGAAUAAUGAAAAUCAUCAAAGAACACUGAAAAUGAAUAACGUGCUAAGUAGAGUAGAAACAUUUCAAGCAAGCGAAUAUCCAGGCAUUGCAGUUUUGCCAGAAGUCCAGCGAUACUUGAACAGCGUUCGUUACAUUGAAGAAUUGCAGAAAUUUUUGGAGGACGAUCAUUACAAACUAUCUAUGAAACUCGAGCCAAAUUCACCAGCACCAUCAUCUAGCAGCAGCAAGGAAUCCGUUGGUGACGUUGCUGCCGCUGUUGCAGCCCUUUCUUUAUCACCAGCCAGAGGAUGCGCAGGAUCUUUAAGACUUCAUGCAGCUUCAGCUGCAAAUAAAUUUGUCCCUGGUCAUAGGAAGUGUAGAAGUCUUGGUACAAAAUUCCGUAGCACGAGUCUUCCACGCAACUUCCACAAACAAGGAGGACGAAUGGGGCCUAGCUUGGUAUCCGCUGGUAUUUUCGGAAAGACUUCAGCGGUGCCAUUAGAACCAAGUCAAUUAACCGUGAGACACCUCCUGGACGAUUCGGUACUAGAGGAGCCGAAUUUGCAUCCACAAGUAGUAGAUUUAGAAGAAAACUCACCAAGUUCACCAGCAGAUGCUUUGGACGAUGACUGUAGCUUACUUUCAAGAACAAGCUCAUUGGCUUUAUCACCGCACGAGUUGAGCGGGUCCAAAGAACCUCGUUGUGGUCUGCAGGGCUCACUACGACGCAAAGUUAUUUUACGAGAUGGUCGUAAGCCUGCCGUUACAACGUGGCAAAAAUAUUGGGUACAAGUAUGGGCAUCGUCCAUCGUCUACUUUUCGCCAAAGUGUUUCAAAGGAAGCGACAGAUCUGAUUUUAAACGUGAACCAUACAAAAUGGUGUCGAUUUUGGGGUGGAUAGUCGAACCACUGGAUAGUUCCUUACAUACGGAUGCAUUUAUACUAACAGACCCUAACAAAGGUAACGUCUACAAAUUCCGCGCAGGGUCAACCGAGGCGGCCGAGCAAUGGUUGAGAGAAUUACGAGCCACAGCUCGUGGCGCGACUGAUAGAAAACCAAUACCCGCCAAUCUCAUGUCGUUCGAAUGAAGUCUUUAUUUUUCUUUAGUUCAUUUACGUAAUACAUUUUAUGUCGGUGGAAACUCAAUGCCGCAUUUUUUUUGAUGCUCACGAAUUACAUGAAACUUGCGGAAUUUUACUCGAUAGAUUUUCAUCAAACUAUACUUCCGACGUGACUCAUAUCGACGAUAUUAUUUAUUUGCAUACACAAUACGUAUAUUUUCCGAUUUUAUAACAACGUAGAUAAAAUCUAUUAUGCUAUACAGGUAAUAUCACUGGAUAGAAAACUAUGAAAAGUCGCCAAUAGCUAUUUUUGUCACAACAUAAAUAUCUGUGCCCAUUCAAAGGGAGACAGAGAAAGCUGGAGGGUGAAGUAAUAACCGAAUUGCGUUAUUCGUAACAUUUUAUACGUAUCCUACCGACUAAAAACAAUUAUAAAUAUUUUACUAAUGAUUGUUUUCAUUAUUAAUAAUUUACCGUCAGUUCUACACAUACAAAUGUACGCGUAUAGGGAUAAUGAGCUGAAAGCAAUAUUGUGUACAGUGUUAUAUUCCUAAUAUUAUAAUAGAUAUUAUAGGGAAGAAUGAUACUCAUCGACAUAUCUGAUGGUACGUGUGAAGAUCUGCAUGAGUCGUACACGUUGAAAGCGUAUGUUUUGACUGUUGUUGUUAAGAUUGAAUUAAUUUUACGUGGAAAUUAGAUGUUAGUGUAGUUAGCUGCAGCUUUAGUAUAUCGCCAAGUUGUAUAGGAGAAAUUUAUUGUGUUUGUUGAUUUCACUUCUUUUUUGUACUUUGUUUCCUGUGCAACCGUAUUCUGUACACUUUGCGUUGUGAGAAAUAUAUCGUAAACUUGAUAAUCAUUUGAAUCCGCUGACCUGCUGCGAUAUUUUUACAUUAUAUAAACAUAAAUUGAUCACAAAUAUUUUCAAAAUAAUCGCAAGAGCCUGCUAGUCGCAAACCAAGUUGCGAAAGCGUUUCAAUUUUUAUUAGUACAAGAAAAAAAAAAAUUAAUUGCCAUUUCCGUAGAAUGCGAAGCAGUUGACCGCUUUAUUGUGGACUGUUAUUUUUUUUUGUAAAUGGUAAUCGCACUGUAUAUUCUUCGAGCAGCAUUUGUUUGAUAAAGUGAGAAAUUUACCUACAGCUUGAUUCAUAUUUUUCACCGUAACUAUUUUCUCUAAUUAAAUUCGAGCAAUUAAUGGAGUAUUAUAAUCAUUUUCGUAAUAUGCUAUUUCAUAUGUUAGAAAAAAUAUUUUAUUAAAACUAAACAAAGAAUAGCUCAAGCCUAUUUCCGCUUGUGUACGAGAUUGUAUCAGUGUGACCAAUCGGCAGCUCUGGUAUAUAGUUUUUUUUAAAUCGAAGAUAAAUAAUCGGCAAUGCGUGUAUUUAAUAAUCUGUAAUUUUUAUAAUAACUUUUUAAAUAUGACUCUUGAACGGCAAAAUUGUCCUCUAAGAAAAUUGAGUACGCGGUAAAAGACACAUAAUACAUUAUAAUAAACAAAAAAUAUAUCUUCAAGCUUGAAACAGUGCGAUGGCAAUGUUCUCUGUGAUUGUUACAUACAUGCAAAUCUAGGCGUACACGUUAUAAAUAUGCUUUUUCUACUCCGCAGCUUUUACUUCACUAUGAAUCUAUAUUGUAUAUUGAUUUGUAUUAUACAUAUAUGUUAUACAACAUAGGUAUUUUAACAAAAAUGUACAGCCUGGUGACAGAUGUUGCAGGUGACCUUGCCCAAAAAACUAACAUGACACAUAGAGUUAUCGUUUAUUAUUACUACAUAAUUAUACUAUUAUUAUUAUUAUUAUUAUUAUUGUUACUAUUAGUAUAUUAUGAAAAGUUUUGCGAUUUUAUUCACAUUAUCAUUGUAAGUUGCGUACCUAUUCUAUCAUGACAUGCGUAUAUUCAAUGUUGUUCCAUUUAUGUAUAUUUGUAAAGGCUUACUGUGUGAAAUGGAAUAAGGAAGAAAAAAAAUCAAAUCCAAAACGGAACUGAAAGGGGAAAAACAUAUCUGUUAGCGGAUUGAAAUGUUUAAAAGUUAGAUGAGGCCGAUUAGUGUCUUGAGACUGUCUUUGAUACAAAUCACUGUGUGUGCUACAUAUCACGUUACGUUAUCACAUAAUCCUUAACAUUUAUUGCUACGAUUAAUUGUUUGUUGUAGUUGUUUAUAUGUAUACAUACUAUAUAUAUAUAUAUAUUAUUUUCAAUGGGUUUGAACAGUUUACAUACCUACAUACAUAAAUAUGAACCAUGUAGUAUAUAGUUGACAUUGUAGAAGACUGAUUCAAUAAACGACGAGGGAAC